AUGGCCAAGCCAUCCAUCCUCAUCGUAGGCGGAGGUGUCUUUGGUACCUCCACAGCCUACCACCUCUCACAAAGAGGAUAUGAAAACGUCACGGUGCUUGAUCGCUUCGACGCACCCUCCAAAGACUCUGCGGCCACCGACCUGAACAAGGUCGUACGGGCCGACUACCCUAACCCGUUAUACGCGAAGCUAGGCAUGGAGAGCAUGCAGGAGUGGAAGGACCCCAAAUCCAUCUUUGCAGGGAUGUAUCGCGAGAGCGGCUGGGUCAUGGCGGGCCACGGCCUGACGCGGGGAUGGCUCAAUAGCGCCAUGGAGACAGCCAAGAAGGCGGGUCGCGAGGGGGUGCGGUUCAUGACGGCCGGGGAGAUGAAAACAAGGUGGCCCGCUCUGACGGGGGAGUUCCCGGACUGGACCAACCUGUGGAGUCCUGCGGCUGGCUGGGCGCCGUCCGGACAAGCUCUGUUAAGAAUGGCAAACGCCGCCAAGUCACAGGGGGUCAAAUACAUAUGUGGAGAAUCCGGUCAUGCUAAGAAGCUCGUGUUAGACGGCAACGGGAAGUGCGAGGGUGUCUUGGCCGCAGACGGGACACUGCACGUGGCGGACAUAGUUGUGUUGUCCACUGGUGCCAAUACUGCGACCCUAGUUGAUGCGAAGAAAGAAGUGGUGGCACAAACAUCAGUCAUCUGUGUGAUGAAGUUGGAGCCGCACGAGAUCGAAAGGUACAAGGAUAUGCCAAUCAUCGAUGACUUCGAGCAGGGCAUCAUCUUUCCACCAGAUGAGAAUGGCUUAAUCAAGCUAUGCAGCUGCAGAUGUCUCACAAAUUAUCGCAACAGAUAUGUUCCAGGGGCUUCUAUCCUCCACUCGUUAGGCGAUUAUCCAGACGACGGAUGCCCUAAGGAAGUCGAAGAUGAAAUGCGUACGUUUGUUAGAGAGAUAAUCCCAGAGCUGGCUGACCGGCCGUUCAUCUCUUCCAAAAUGGACGGUCUAGCCGGUGAUCUCAACUUCAGAAUCUGCCCUUACCCCGAAACUCAGAACUUGUUCGUCGCGACGAUUGGAUCAAAUCACGGAUUCAAGUUCCUCCCAGUCAUUGGCAAGUACGUCGCCGACAUGCUCGAGGGGAAAUUGGGUAAGGAAUGGCAGGAUCUGUGGGCUUGGAAAUUUGGAAAGGUUCCUGAUGAUUUUCAAGAUCCUCACCCAUGGCCGCUCCGCGAUAUCUCAGACUUAUCAGGCUGGAAAGGCCGGAAUGCGGCUGGUGAUGGCAAACUCCCCUGGACAUGGAGUCGCCUCUAG